AACCGGCACCGCUGGCAGGAGUAAAGCUGUCAAAACACGGUGGAUGAUGUUAUUUUGAUCUCUAAUUUUGGCGAAAAUGCUGCGAACGGCGUCCUUAUCAGCGACGCUUCUGCUUUUGGCGCUGCUGGCGGUUUUCGCGGCGGCAAAAGUCGACGAUGCAGGAUUCGGCAGCAAGUAUUUGUGGCACAGUUUGGACGACGGCCUCUUGGCAGCCAGGGACUCUGGCAAGCCGGCCAUGGUGCUCAUCCACAAGAGCUGGUGCGGCGCUUGCAAAGCCCUUAAGCCGCAGUUCGCCGCGUCGUCGGCCAUUGAAAAGCUGAGUCAGCAAUUCGUCAUGAUCAUCGCCGGCGACGACGACGAGCCGGCCGACCCCAAAUUCGCCGAGGACGGAAAAUACGUUCCUAGAAUUUACUUCUUGGACUCCGAAGGGGCGGUGAUUGAGGGGAUCAAGAACGAGCAGGGCAACCCCAACUACAAGCACUUUUACCCGACGCCGGACGGAAUCGUUGCGUCGAUGAGCAAGGCGCUCAAAGCGAAACAAACGCGACCCGCUAGCCAAGAGGAAUUGUGAAAAUUUUAUUUAUUUUUCUUUGUCCGAGAGUGACUGCGUGAGUGUCUUUUGUGCUUGAGGAGAAAAAAUAAAUCUCGCUAUUUGAUAAAUAA